CGGUUUUUCCUACUGGAAACAUGACUACUGACGAGGAACGUCCUGGUUUCGGCCAUGUCUCCUUUGCAGAGUCACAUAUGGCAAAGUUUGGGUGGGAGAAAGGACAAGGGCUAGGGAAGAAUAGAGACGGUAUUAGCCGAGCGGUAUCAGUUGGGUUCAAAAAUGACACUCAGGGGCUGGGCGCCAAAGCCGACGAAUGGUCUUUUGCGUGGUGGGACCACGUUUUCAACAAAACCUCAGCGUCCAUCCAAAUCUCCAAGGACGAAACUUCCGAAACGAUUCAAGUCAGUGCCCAAGUCAACAAAAAGGCAGAAAAAGCCCUAUUAUACGGAUCGUUUGUUAAAGCCACACCUGAAAACGUGGUCAGCGAGGAUAAGGACUAUACAAUCAAGGUGACGGACGAGGAGCUCUUGAAGGCGUGUGAGGGGAGGACAGCGAGGAAGGGCGCUAGGGCGCAUCAACCUGGCAAGCUGGCCAGAGCGGGUAUGGAGGAACUGACGGGUUCUGUGUCGGAUGAGGAAAGACAGGUUGGGUUGAAGAGGAAGACAGUGUCGGAGGAUGGAGAUGAAGGCGAUACCGUGGAGAAAAAGAAACGAAAAAAGGAGAAAAAGGAGAAGAGACGUAAGGAGAGAACGAACGAAGAGGAAGAUAAAAAGAGCAAAAAGCGGGAAAAGAAGAAUCGGGACAAGAAGGCUGAGAAGAAGGCCAAGACAAAGCGCCUAUCCAAGUGUGAUACUCCGCCAAGCACUGAGGAUGACUCUGAACCUGCCAAACCCGACACCGCUACACAAGAGAGAAAUCAUCAAGCAAAUGACACAAAAGAGGACUUGUGCACCACCCUUGCCCCAUCAGACCCCAUUCCCUCAGACAACCAAAUAGAAAUAAAAGACAAGAAGAAAAAGAAGCGACGAGAAACAUCACCACCAUCCGAGACUGCCGACGACGAAACGGCGCCACCAAAGGCGAAAAAGGAAAAAAAGAAAAAGACCAAAACAAAGACGACGACAGCGGAUGCAGACAGCCAGGACAGGACUGUGCAAAAGAAGAAAAAGAAGCGAAAGGGCAUGGAUGCAUAAAUAAAGAGCGCCGCAUAUAUAGGCAAUGGAUUUUUUGCUACACAGAUAUACAUUGUACAUAGUAAUGAUAACUGUCAGUUACAUACGCUGUAUCUAUAUACAGCCAUACAGGGGUCUAAUCAAGUGUUGGAGGGGGCUAAUCGAAGAAUAC